AUGCCUGUAGGCCCCGAACUACCACCUCAUCUGGUGAAGCGCAAACGCUCAAUUGACGACGAUGAGCACCCCAAUUCUCCUCCUCAUAAGGUCCAAGCUGCUACGGCUCCACGAACUCUAGGACCGACACUCCCACCAAGCAAGAACCCAGAUGAGCUGGACGUUGACGACAGCUCCAAAAGCGACUAUGGACCUUCAGUUCCGGCUACGAAGUUUACGAGACCUGCCAGUCCUCCAAAACGCGUCUUAGGGCCAACCCCACCAUCACAAGCCAAGAACCCCGAAGAGCUAGACAUUGAGGCAAGCUCAGAAGACGAUUAUGGACCUUUUCUCCAACCCACUUCCGGCCCUCCAAAGCCAACCUCCAAGCCAUCACCAGCCCCAAAACGCAUCCUCGGUCCCGCCCCACCACCAGCACCCCUCACCGAACGCCCUCCAAACCCACCAGACUCAAACUCAAACUCAGACUCAGACUCAGAUGAUGAUUACGGCCCCUCACUCCCUCCACCCGCAGGCUCCGCAGCAGAAGCCUCCCUCUUCGCGACCCAGCAACAAGAGCGUCUCGAAGCCGCCGCCACUACCGCCUCCGCAAAACCCCAGCGCGCAGAAUGGAUGCUCGUGCCCCCUACAGACUCAGACUGGACCUCGCGCGUCGACCCCACAAAGUUGAAGAAUCGGAAAUUCCAAAGCGGGAAAGGGGCCAAGGCACCUACUGAGAAGUCGGGUAUAAGUGCGAUAUGGACCGAGACUCCUGAGCAGAAGCGACAAAGACUGGCUGAUGAGGUGCUUGGAAGAGCAGAAGUGGCGACGAGUUCGAGGACGAAGAAGGAGAGACCAGAGGGGGAGAGUAGGGAGGAUGAGGCGACGAGUAGGAGGAUUAGGGAGUAUAAUGAGAAGAUGAGGGGGAAGAGUUUGUAUGAGGAGAGGAGGGAGAGGAAGGAGAACGAUGGGACGAAGGAAGAGGAGGAUGAUCCGAGUAAGAGGGGCUUUGAUCGGGAGAAGGAUAUGGCGCUUGGAGGGCGGAUGGGACAUGGCGAGAAGAGGGAGAUGUUGGCUAAGGCGAAGGAUUUCGGGAGUCGGUUUCAGAAGGGGAGCUUUUUGUGA